AUGGAAUCGAUAAACCAGUGCCACUGCUGCCUGCAGCGGCCUCCGGCGAAAGAUUUGAGGACGCCGUACACUCGUCACGGCAUAAUGGAGAUAUACUCACUCAUGAUCGAAGAAUGCUUCGUGAUCAAACUGGCAUCUAGCAAUGAGGAGCAGAGUGGUAUCUGCGGGGAGUGUUUGCGGCGCCUGCGGGAGGCGAGCUCCUUCAAGAUGCAGGUGCAGCGCUGCCAGGCCGAGCUGCGUCAGAGGCUCGAGGCAGGACUGAGAGCCAAAGAGGAGAAAGCCUUAGAUGGUACUCUUGAAGAUUACACGUGCAGCGAGGUUCCCGAACCUUUGCCUUCUGACGAGGAGAACCCGGGCCCGCCUUGUAAAGAAGAGCCGCCAGACGAAUAUCUGACACAUCCAGACGAGGAGAACCCGGCACCGCCUUUUAAAGAGGAGCCACGAGACGAAUAUCUGUCACCUGGGGAGUACGAAGUUGACAGAGCGCCUCUGCCCUCGCGAGCUGUUCAGCAGCUCUCGCUGGGGUGUUCCGUGAAGGUGGAGCGCCUCAGCGACUCACCGCUCGCGAGCCAGCCGUGCCCCGUGACGUCACACCGCGAGAGCGACGAACAAGCCUACACACACGAUACUCGCCCCACACACGACUCUAGUUUGAACACACACAAACAGGAAAAUACCACACGCACACCAGUAACGAAUACCGAAGUCUACUGUUGCGACAUGUGCGCUCACCUAUGCACGUCAAAACUUACUCUAAUCCGCCAUAUCAGAACACAUACGCACCCGGAGGGAAGGCACAACACAUGCGAAGUUAACCACGAUAAAAUUAACAGUGGAAUAAAAGGAUACAAAUGUAAAAAAUGUAACAAAGAAUUCACUUUAAAAAAAAGUUUAGUUGCUCAUGACAGAAUCCAUACUGGCAUGAUGCCAUACAAAUGUAAAGUAUGUGACAAAGAAUUCACCUGUAAAUGGUUUUUAGUUCGUCAUGAAAGAAGCCAUAGUGGAAUAAAACCAUACAAAUGUAAUGAAUGUAAUAAAGAAUUCACUCAAAAAAGUAAUUUAGCUAGCCACGUAAAAAUCCACAGUAGUAUAAAACCAUACAAAUGUAAAGAAUGUAAUAAAGAAUUCAGUCAAAAAAUUAAUUUAGUUACCCACAAAAAAAACCAUAAUGGUAUUAAACCAUAUAAGUGUAGAGAAUGUAAUAAAGAAUUCAUUGUGAAAGGAAAUUUAACUGACCACGAAAAAAUCCACAGUGGAAUAAAACCAUACAAAUGUAAAGUAUGUAAUAAAAAAUUCAUUUUGGAAAAACGUUUAGACAACCACGUAAAAACUCACAGUGGAAUCAAACCAUUCAAAUGUAAAGAAUGUAACAAAGAAUUCACUCAAAAAGUAUCUUUAGUUCGCCACGAAAGAAUCCAUAGUGGAAUAAAACCAUACAAAUGUAAAGAAUGCAAGAAAGAAUUUAGACAAAAAAUACAUUUAAUGAUCCAUGAAAGAAUCCAUAGUGGAAUAAAACCAUACAAAUGUAAAGAAUGCCAUAAAGAAUUCAAUCAAAACAGUAAUUUAGUUACCCACAAAAAAGUCCAUAGAGGAAUUAAACCAUACAAAUGUAAAUAAUGCAAUAAAGAAUUUACGAAAAAAAUAUUUUUAAUUCGUCAUGAAAAAAUCCAUAGUGGAAUAAAACCUAAUAAAUGUAAAGUAUGUAACAAAGAAAUCACUUGCAAAUGUCAUUUAGUUUCCCACGAAAAAAUCCAGUAACUAUAAAUAUAAUUUAUUACUAAAUAAAUUAGAUCGUUUGCUUAAUAACUGCAUACGAUUUAUCUACGGGCUCAGUAAGUACGACCAUGUUUCCAGCUUCCGCCGAAAACUAAACUGGCUCCCGAUCCG